UGAUAAGUCAUCAAUGUUAAACGACUUAUACAUCAACGAAUACCUUUUCACCAGGUGUGCUGUUUGAAACCACUAAUUUUUCCCAUACAGAUUAAGUUACGUAAGCUAUGCUCUUCUUAUAACAUUAUAUCAUUAGAAAUCACAUCAGUUUGACGAUUCUUGAAAAUGACUUGAAUAUGAUCCCGUAUAAAACAUCACCUUGCCACAAAAUCACGCGCAUUCAAAUACCAGGUGUGGGGUUCGAACCCACGUCUCUAUGCAGAGACCAGAUCUUAAGUCUGGCGCCUUAACCACUCGGCCAACCUGGUGAGAUUCACGAGGGGUUCAGGUAAACUGACCGAUAUGCAGCAAACGGACAAUUCGUUCCAUCCGAAAAUGUAAAUCAACUCAAAUUCACGAACUGCAUUCAUAAAGAGCCGUUGCAAUGUUUUCGACACGAGGACGAUAUAGUCGAAUGUCAAGCAACCACAUGUUUGUUUAUCUGUUCAGCAGAACAUGUAUCGCAUUUUUGUUGCUGAAAAAUGAAUCGAUUGAUGUCACUAAGAAAGUCACGUAUACCCUUUUGCCUCUCGAUCCCAUUUCAGGGAAUUGUAAGCCGCGGAUGGAACAACUUUGUGAGAUUGCCGGUUCGCCAUAAAUCUGUCGAAAGGGGAAACGUGAUCCGUCGUGUCUUAUCUGUCACCAGCUUCUAAUGCGCGAAUUUUUAUGAACAUUGACCACGUUCCCGACAAAGUGAAAGUGUUGACGGAUUGCCCAAGUUUUUCUGUUUUGUUUACAAUCUUUCUACGAACACAUCACAAUCUCUAGGUCAAGCAUGAAUGUAAAUCGCGCGUGCAAAAUAUCUCUUGCCCCUAUAUACUAGAUAUAUACAGUCUAUAAACAUGGAUGACCCACCAUCCUGCAGGCCCCAUUAAACAAGACAUAAGUAAAACACAUAGUAAACAAGUGAGCCCAACGAAUCGCAUAUAAUCCACUCGCAUUGGCUACCCUCAAACAGAAAGCAACGAGUCAAGUAGGAAGAGAGAGCACAAAAACAAUGGCGUCUUCACUAAUGGAAAGGUGUUGUUUAGUGUAUCUUUUGCUGGGUGUAGUUCCCAAUUUAACGCUGGCCCGUCCGCCCCAACAAGACAAUUCUGCGAUGAUGAUGAUUUUCUGCGGUCGUGAGUUGGUGGCAGUCAUAGACGAAGUUUGCUCCGCCUCCAAGAGCUAUUCCGUUCUCGAUCCACUCAUUGCCAAUCAGUCGCCAUCGGAUGUCGAUUCAACGCAAGUGUUACAAACAGCAGUACAUAUUGAGCAGAGAUCGAUGCAGAACGAUGGAAGUAAACGUGAUUCCCUGUUACGUCAAUGCUGCGCUAUUGGCUGCACUGAAGAUGAUUUAAAUAGUUUUUGUCAUACCGAUAGGAAUCGAAUAGUGGAAGCAGUGAGUCAACAGAGGACUGAAGAAUUAACUAUCGACUGGUUGUAUGAAUUCGUACCGCGUUACGGAGCCCUCCCGCCAUCGGAAUAGCCUUUUUCUCUAGCGCUAAUAGUGCUUUUGUCGUUGUGUAUUGCAUGUCGUGAAAUAAACAUCAAUUAGAAAAUGA